CGCUAGUAAACAAACAGCCGGUGAACGUGUUUCCAUGUUCGCAAUGAUAUGAGCGUCGUAAUUUUAUAUCUGCACAUAUUUUCUUUAUAUUCAGUAAAAAAAAAAAAACAGAGAGUACAAACUGAGCGGAAUACGCAUUGAACCAAUUAAAAAAAAAAAAAAAAGAAAUACUCGUUCGAUUUACGUUCAAUAAACAGAAAAAUGGAGGAAUUGGAUGACGAUUUGGAGGUAGAGUCAGAAAUGGACGUGUAUUAUUUCGCGAACGCUUGUCACGUGUGUCGUGCCUACGGUAAGGACGUCCGAUUGAAGAGAUGUGCGAAAUGCAAAUCAAUUGCUUACUGCAAUCGGGAACACCAAAAAGAACACUGGCCACGGCACAAAUCAUUGUGUCGAGUUCUCAGCGAAAUAGUAGAAUGUGCCGGUUCCGUUUACGGGAUUCAUCGAACUUGGGAAAACAACGAGGAAGCCUGGAGUAAAAUGAAAACAAAUUUGGUACUUUUGAUACAACUUAAACUCGGUCGUAAGUUUUUACCUUUUGAGCGAGAAAUGUUGCAGUUUCCACGAUCUUGUGAAAUAUGUCACGAAACAGAUCCCUCCAAGUUGACCGAUUGCACUGACUGUCCUGACGCCAGUUUUUGCCCCAGGCAUUCGAAGGACAGUCGUCAUUCGAAGAAGUGCAAAGAAUCUAGACUCUGUUUUGAAACAAGCAUUCAGGUGGUCGGUUUAGAAAAACGCAAAUUUACAAUAAACUGUCCUGAAAAGCUUCCUGAAAAUAUGGAUCAAGUUAUUCGCCUUCACGAGUCUCUCAAUCAAUACCACAAUUUCCACCACUCCAGAAGAAUUUGGAACAUCAUUCUUUCCAAUCUAUUGUCCAGGCCCUACACUUUUUUCUACUCUUUAGAAAAAUUGCAACAAACAAAACUGACAAAAAUGACAAUCCACGUUAUCGGUGCAACUAUGGAAGAAUUUGGGGAUGUCAGUGACUGGGAAUGUUUAUUCCAUCACAAAAAUUCACUACUAGAGCUCCUAAUCGUCUUUGUUGGGCCAGAAAUGUGGACCGGCCCGCCUUACAACAUGAGCCUUUGUGAGAAUUGCACAAAAAACAAUCGCAAACUCUACAGUCAAACUGUUCAAGGUUUAUACAAGGAGUUUGCAGAGGAAGUAUGGACAGGAAGCAAGUUCACAAAACCUGAUUUUGCCAUUGGAUACAAUUUGGGAAUUCACGAGUGUGUUACCAUCGAAAAUGACACUUGGAGCUCAACUAUACAAAAAUUGGCUGACUUGGAAUGCCCUUUCGCCUUCACUUCGUACACUGCCAAAGAAUCAACAGCUGACCGAAAGAGAAUCAAUUUGAUUCGUCAGAAGAAAGUUCCAUUCCUUUAUGCUGGAAAAAAUCCGUUUUCUGGCUGGAAACCCUACAAAGAUUUUGAAUCCGAAAGCUAUUUUUAUAAGAAUCAGUUUCUGACAAUUUAUGAAAAGUUGUAAAGCCUUUUAUUUUUAUCGGGCUUAUAGAAUUUUCCUACUUACAUUCGUGCUGCAUUCAAAUCCGUGAAUCAGCGAAUUCAACAAAAUUCGAGGAGAAAUCUCAUAUUAUUGUUUCUACUUAGUGAGUUUGUCGUUAAAGAAAGAGUGGAAAAGAUGACACGAAAAGCUGAGUACAAAAUUUGCAUCUUCAUCAAAAAAGAAUUUUUUUUUUUUUUUUUUUUUUAAAUUCAAUUUCACAUUCACAAUCUGUUUUUUUUCUCAAGAUGCGAAUUUUAGAUAUAGUCAACGAAAUAUUUCAUUGUGUAAGCUUAACAACGAAAAGAUUGAAGCUCUUAUACAUUUAUUUGUUCAUUCUCAAAAAGCUUUACCAACUGAGUUCAGUUCAAAGUCACAGCGCAAUUGAAUUUAUUAUAUCUAUUUGCUAAUUCUAAGAACUCAAUGCGCAGUUGUUUUUGUUAAAAAAUUCAAUAACUUUGAAAAAAUUCCAUUAAUUGGAAAAAUGGAGAAACCAGUGAAAAAGAUAUUUUUCUACGAUACAAAUUUAAUAUCUGUAGAAACAAAAACAAAGACGUACAUUCCCUGAACUCAUGAAGCCAAUCUCAUAAAGAAAAUACUACGAAAAUUUGCAUUGUUAAAAAAAGGCUUUGAUUUUUCAAAAUGUAAACUUUAUGUUCAUUUUUCAACUCGUCAAGUUUAAAAAAAUUCCAUGAGAUUUAAUACUGAAAAAAUUGGAAAAAAAUAAGAAUAAAAGUAUCCAUUAUUUUUGAACGAUGCAAAUUUUAACUUUGAAAGAAAAAAAAUGUUGUACCUUGAAUUCUACAAGAUGAAAAUCCGUUUCUAGUAUCGAUAUAGAGAGUCUGGCUGCUGAGGCCUCCACAAUUUUGAGGCAAUUGACAAUUGACACUUGUCUGAAAGCUUUAAACAAAGUUUUGAUACCACAUUCAGUCAAUUUUACUACUGUAUUUCACGCACAAUAAUAUUUUCAAAAAAACGUGAACUAGCAUUUAAGACUAAUAAAAAAGCACAAAAUAUGUACCGAUUACUUUUGUAUUGAAAAAUGGAAAAAUAAAUGCCCACAAAAAUGGUUUCAAUUUCACUUCUUUAAA